UCGAUGCCAACCCAGUCGGUUCGAGAGCGCGUCGCAUAUCAACUCGGUACGCUCUGUUCUGCAGCUCGGACCGCACAACCCGUUCGAUCCGGUCGGCCUGAUUCCGUUCAUCCACCGGUUCGAUGCGCCUCAGCGCCGAAACGACGUCUCGCAGAAGAUAGGACGCUCGUCGCUCGCUCGCUGCUCGGGGCAACCAGGAGAUCGGCUGCGGAUUGAACUCGGCUCAAGCGGGCGUCGAAGGAGUUCCGCCCUGUGGAGAGGCACGCGUAUGGAGAGCCGCACGAGGGGACGAUGAGGCUCUCGAUUCGGUUCGCCGCCUGACCCAUGACGAGUGUGGAGCGCUUGGUGCGGUUCGGAGUUGCGCCGGCCCUUCCUGUCCGGCCGGCGAAGCUGAUGGGCGCUUGUGGCGUUCGAAUGAGGGCGAAGCUCGGCGGCGAGAGCGACCCAUUUCUCCAAUCCGCCCUCGAUGCCGCGUCUCUUCGUUUCCGAGAGACCCUUCAACCAGAGCCUCUUUUUGUCGAUCCAUAUGCCGGUUGUUUUGUCUCUACUGAUGAUGAAGUGGACAUGAAGAAGCAGACACACCAUUACUGUCUUGCGACUAAAUAUAUUGAUGACAAGUUGCUUCACACUAUCAAUCGUAUUGAUGGGCUCAAGCAGGUUGUUUUGCUAACAGAUGGCGUGGAUACUCGUCCUUAUAGACUUAAUUGGCCAAGGUCAACCUUGAUAUUUGACAUUUCUCCAGACGAAUUAUACAAAGAAGCGGCUGAAAAACUUGAAGGUGUUGGGGCUAAAAUUUCAAGAAGUUGUUUAUUCUAUCACAUCCCCUUGGCAUCAUCCAAUUUGCAGAAGGCUUUGCACACAAAGGGCUUCAAUGGAAGCCGGCCAAGUAUAUGGGUCAUCCAGGGCUUGCCUCUUAUAAAUUUGGCAAGUUUCGAGGAUAUCUUGUUUGUUGUUAGUAGUAUGGCCAUGAAGGGUAGCCUUUUCUUGGGAGAAUUGCCUCGCUGGCUGGCAGAGACUGGAAUCAGAAGAGAUUUUGAUUCUGGAAAAUGGAUGGACAAGCUUUUCAUGAGCAGUGGUUUUCGAGUUGACAUAAUUAGCUAUGACGAAGUUGCAAGGAACUUAGGCAAGCAAUUGACAUUGGAAGAAUACAGAAAGAUACUAUUUGUUGCAGAACAGUUGCAAUUUUCUGAUGCUCAGAUGGAAACAUGGAGGAGAGAAUUCCAGAGAUUCGAGGAAGAAGGGGAUGAAGAAGGAUUCGAGGAACUUUGAGAUGCAAAAGCAAUCUUAAUCCCUUUGCUGUUAUUAGAAAUAGAAUGUUUGUUCUUUUUCCUUUACUUUUUGAUGGGUGCGUCAAUAUACCUUCCUUAACCUUUUGGCUAAGUAUGCAGAAUAUUUUAAGAUGUGAAGUGAACAAACACAUGGCAGUGUCAAAUUUAUGUUUCAUUGUCUUAUGGAAGAAGGCCAAUAUUCGCAUUGUCA